AAAUAACGCCAUAAAAAAUGACGAGUAAAGAGUGUGCAGAUAACAUUAUUUAUCUGAUCCAACAAUAAUGAUUAGAACCCAUUUUUCGUUUCAGAUCUUGUCCAAAUUCAAUUUUCAACGGACAAGUCGGGUUUGGCGUAGAGAUUUUUUUAAAAACAAUUUUCCGGGAUUUGUAAACUUGGCGUCGUGACUUAUCCAAUCGCUAAUUUUGGGGGUCGCUUGGUUGUCAUAUCGUUUCCAAUUUGUCAUUCUAUAAAGAUGAGUACUAUUUUUUCAAAUUUUCUUAAAUGGGAUUUUAAAGUCAAUGCAUGAUUCUCUCUGAUUGACUGGAAAAUUGCAUCCAUGCUGGAAUUCUUAUCUUGUUAAUCCAAAAACUUGACUUAUUUUGUUAGGAAGUUUGAAGGGUCUGUCUGGAUCUGAAUUUAUAGCCAUUCAUGUGACUUCACUUCGUUUGUGACGAAAUUGGAAGGGUCUGUAUUGAUCUGAAUAUAUGGCCUAAGGCUGCCUGGUAAGUCACUUCUUUGGGGGUGUUUUAAAACAGAGAGGGAGAGUAGUGUAGAACACACAAGUAAAAAUGGCAGGUGGGAUGAUGAUUUCUGGAGGGGUUAAGCAAGGGAGAGCCGAAUUAUACGAAGGUCGUAUUACUAGCUAUGUUGUGCUUGCAUGCAUUGUAGCAGCUACUGGAGGCUCGCUGUUCGGCUAUGAUCUUGGAGUUUCAGGUGGAGUGACAUCUAUGGACGACUUCCUAAUAAAAUUCUUUCCUAAAGUAUAUCGUCGCAAGAAGGAACAUCUCCAUGAAACAGAUUACUGCAAAUACGAUAACCAACUGCUGACAUUGUUCACUUCGUCUCUAUAUUUUGCGGGUCUGGUUUCCACAUUUGCAGCCUCCCAUGUAACCAGAAAAUAUGGACGCAGAAUGAGCAUAAUUGUUGGUGGCAGUAGCUUCCUCCUUGGUGGAGCUCUAAAUGCGGGAUCUCAAAAUAUUGCCAUGCUCAUUAUUGGCCGCUUGCUUCUUGGCAUUGGGAUUGGCUUUGGUAAUCAGGCAGUUCCACUGUACCUUUCAGAAAUGGCCCCUCCAAAGAUCAGGGGUGCAACAAACAAUUUGUUCCAGUUGACAACCUGUCUAGGAAUCUUUGUUGCAAACGUGAUAAAUUUUUUCACUAACAAGCUUCACCCAUGGGGUUGGCGAUUAUCCUUAGGCUUAGCCAUAGUUCCUGCACUUCUGAUGACAGUGGGUGGUAUUUUCCUUCCAGAAACCCCAAACAGCCUGGUGGAACAAGGUCGCCUUGAUGAAGGCCGACAAAUCCUUGAAAAAAUCCGUGGCACAAAGAAUGUACAGGCAGAAUUUGAUGAUUUGGUUGAAGCCAGUGAAAUUGCCCGUUCAGUGAAACAUCCCUUCAGAAAUCUUUUGCAAAGGAAGAACAGACCACAACUUGUAAUGGCCUGCUGCAUUCCAUCUUGCCAGCAAUUGACAGGAAACAACUCAUUUCUGUUUUACGCUCCUGUCAUCUUCCAAAGUCUAGGGAUGGGGAAUGAUGCUUCACUUUAUUCUGCAAUUAUGACGGGGGCAGUUAUUACACUUGGUGCUAUUGUGUCAAUUUGUACAGUUGAUCGUUUGGGAAGGAGGUUUCUGUUCAUGGAAGCUGGCACGCAAAUGAUUAUAUGCCAUGUUAUAAUCAGCAUACUGCUGGCCCUGAAAUUCGGCAAAGGAGAAGAGAUACCGACCGGAUAUGGAGUGGGAAUUGUUUUACUGAUCUGCUUAUUCACUGUAGCAUUUGGGUGGUCGUGGGGCCCGCUAGGGUGGCUGGUUCCCAGUGAAUUAUUUCCAUUGGAGACUCGCUCAGCAGGUCAAGCCGUGGUGGUCAGCGUGAAUCUCUUGUUUACCGCCAUUAUUGCACAGUCGUUUCUGGCGCUCCUUUGCAACUUGAAAUAUGGCAUUUUCCUCCUCUUUGCAGGCCUGGUGUUCCUCAUGAGCGUUUUUAUCUUUUUACUUCUUCCUGAAACAAAGGGCAUUCCCAUUGAAGAAAUGAGGUUCGAAUGGGAGAAGCACUGGUACUGGAAAAGAAUUGUCAAGGAUGAUGAUGACCAGGCUAAAGACAUGGAAAGUAAUAAUGGGGUUAACAAGGGCUUUUAGGCUAGGGGAUUGUCAACAUUGUUGAUAAUAAAUUUUAUGUAAUGGAUCUUUAUUUUUUCAAUUUUUGUUUUUUUCAAUUUUA